AUGCUGAGGACUCGACCGUCACCAUCCCCAAUAGCCCCGAGUGACUGGACCCGAACUCGCCGGGAACUGCUCUUCGCCGCCAUUAUCCGGGGCUCAUGCGCCACGGGCGACCUAGGGCCCCUGAUUGUGCCAGGCUUUGUGUUCGUCGCGGCAGAUAUCCAUGUCAGCCUGACCAGCGUCACCCUCUUGAAGGGCAGUCUUAUCAUGGUCCUGUGGGUCAGCGCCUACGUCUGCUCCCCUGUUGCCAAUUGCUUCGGCAGACGCCCAGUGGACUUAUUCACCACGCUUUUGUCGUACUCCUCGCUGAUCGCAUCCUGUGUUUUCCAAGCCGGAACAUCGUCCAACAACGAGGUCCUCCACGUGCACGAACGGGGCCUGCGCGUCGGGCUCUGGAAUUUUGCCGUCAUCGUCUCCGUCAAUCUGACCCCGAUCAUCAGCGGAUAUAUCAUUCCGGAAAGAAGGCUUCCUGGUAUUGCCGGAGUACAGCCUGGCUCCAGAAAGCCUAAAAACGCCAAAACCGGUAUUGUUGAGUCUAGCCGGGAUUUUGAAAUAUAAUGCUUCGUUCGGCAAAACAUCCCGUG